UUCUUCAGUUCUGGAUCUGAAGCCGGGUCACAAGCAACACCUUCACAAUGGUGUCAAGUAGCACGAAUGCCUUGGGGCUCCUUUGCAUUUUGGUUUUUCUACAAGGAAGUAUAACGAUCCAGGCCCAGAGUGGCGAUUAUGUGGCGCUUUGUAACGUGACCACCAGCAUUGCUGUUGACCUUAAUCUGUUCUCGGGAAUUUGGUGGGAAGUGGCUCGGCAGCCGUCCGGCAUCGAUUUUUGCACCGAGGUGAAUAUUACAGUGCUAGACAAAACCGAGGACAAUGUCCUGAUCGAUACCACGUAUGCCGUAUCUCCUGACUACCCAUGGGUGAAUCAAACCAUGAACGCCACCAUCACUGUGGAGAAUAACAAUGUGGCCGAGGAUGGUUUCAACUUCACCUACUGGAACCCACCUGGCUACACUCCCUACACAGUGUAUAAGGUCCUGUACACUGACUACACCGAUGUGGCCUUCCUUUGUGGCUAUACAAAUCAGACUGAUAGCGACACGUCAUUCGGAAUUAUCCUUGCUAGGGAUCGCACCCCCACCACAGAGGCCUUAAAUAAACUCGAGAGCCUGGGCUCCAGUAUAUCCUCAAACUUUUUAAAUGGCACCAUGUCAGUCAUAACUCAGGGAGCAUCUUGCUAUGCACCAUCCGGAGCCAACCCUUCGACCAUUAUUUCCACACUGUUGAUUGUCAUGUCACUUAUUCUUGGCAUUUCUUCUGACCGUCAAAUAAUUUAGAUUUUAUCAUGCAAUGAAGAUAACUACCACUUUUUCUUAUCGUAAAUGUUUAUUUAAAUUGUGUUGUAUGUAAUUUCCAUGUAAAGCUCAAAGAAAUAAAAACCUAUUCAUUAUCGAUGUAAUCAA